AUGAAUGAAGAAAUGCGAGCGCUUCAGAAGAAUGCCACGUGGGAGCUCGUGCCUUUACCUCACGGAAAGAAGACGAUAGGAUGUGGGUGGAGCUAUACUGUGAAACUCAAUGCAGAUGGAUUUAUUGAAAAAUACAAAGCUAGUCUGGUGGCGAAGCAGUACACACAAAGAUAUGGGGUAGACUUCCAAGAGACUUUUGCCUCAGUAGUCAAGAUCAACACUAUCAGAGUCCUACUAUCUCUAGUAGUAAAUCUAGAUUAG